AAGCGCGUGUGAAACUCUGAAAAAAAUUUCAUAUGUAUUUCUAUGGCAACUAAACAUUGUCAAUUUUGGCUCAUAUCCAUAACAGUAAUAAUCCUUAUUACCAUACAUUUAUACUGCAUUUUAGGACAGCGUGUGUGUUGAGAAAGUAGUGAAAAACGCAGAAAAAUAAAAUAAAAUGUGGUGGGGAUAUAGUGCUCCAUUAGACUUACAAUGUGAAAUUGAAGAAAAGGAAGUAACACCUAAAUCUCUUGAAGUAUUGAUCAUAGGUGCUUCUGAUGCAAGACAUAUUAUAAAGACAUUAGCGUCCUCUUAUAAACACUCUGAUUGUUCUAUUAUUUAUCAUAUAAUCGAACCAACAAUGGAACAAGUUGCUAGAUCAAUACUUUUAUUAAGCACUUGUUUGGAUAAAGAUUUAGGACUGCAAGAAGCAACUCGAUAUUACUUGGAAAUUAUGGGAAAUACACUUUUAAGACCUGCUACGGCUAAAUAUUUGGCAAAACAUUCUAAAUUAUUGGCAGAUACUGUAACUCAAACCAUUGAUUGUCCUUGGCUAAAUCUGGAAAAACUUAAACAUAAGGACAGAGAUCAGUUAGAAUGGAUAUUUAAAUUUUGGGAACGUGCUACGCGCGAAGGGGUUCCAAUUGUGGAUUAUUGGGACAAAAGAAUUAGAAAAUCAUUAAAAACACGAUAUGACUACAGGGAUGGAGUUUUUGAUUGGGAUUAUCACAUGAUAUUAAAACCAAGAGGUCAUUCAAAUUUAACUGUACAUGAAUAUAGAUUUUGGAGAAAUAAUGGAAUAGCAUUCACUUGGAUAGAAGGUGAACCUGCUAGAAGUAAUCCAACACUUUUAAAUAAUAUAAUUCCUCUUGGAGAUGGAUUUUUACAUUAUGCUUAUUUGGGGGAUAUAACUAAUGGACCUUUUUUUACAUGGGCUUUAAAUGAGGAUAAAGAAAAUAUAAAGCUCAGAGCAACUGAUAUAGCAGAAAGAGAAGUAAUGCGUACUAUUCACGAAAUUAGAACAAAGGAACCUUUUUGUGAUGAACUCGUUGCCGCACAUAGAGAUCCAUCUAUAUUAAAUGGUAUAAUAAUAACAGAAAUGCCAAGCUCUGAAAUAGAAUAUGAAUCAUGGGUAAAAUAUGAUAAAUAUGAAAAACAAGGUGUUACUUGGAUAUCUAUUCCUAAUACAAAGAUUUUAUUCCAUCCAUUGUCGACAUUGGAAUUAUUUAAAAAUAGAGCAGAGUACAAAGAGAAAUUUGAUAUAAUUUGGAUAGCACAUAAUAUGACCAAACAAUUAUCUAAUGUAGUACCAUUGUUGAAAAGAAAAGGACAUAUACUAAUCGAAUUACGUAAAUACUUAAGUGAAUUACGUAAAGAAGAUUUGGAAAGUUUUACCAAAGAAUUAAAAAGUACUGCACAAGCAUGUGGACUGCGAGAAAUGAAAAAUUUCAAUUCUGAAAAUCAUACUAUAGCACAAUUUUGCAAUAAUUAAUAAUGAUUGUAAUAAAUUAUUUCCUAACCUGCACCAUAAUAAGUUACAUUGACACAAAUUAAUAUAACGACUAGUCUAACAUG